CAGGAAACCGUGCCGAUGUAUAUCUUAAGCCCCCCUACGUUUGAGAAAAACCCAGGGAAAACACCCAGACAGCACAGCCGGCGCACGGAUUCGAAGCCGAAUAAUUCAACAUCACACCAUAGUUGGCCUUACUCACAGCCUAUCGCAUCAAUAUCACCAUCACAGCGCGUCACUCGACAUCCACAUCACAACUCAUCAUUGCACGUUAAGUGCAAAACCCUCAUCCUUCGACUUCAACUUCAAAACCCACCGUCCGAUUUCAACUCGAGAACUCAUCAUUGGACACCACGUCACAGUGUGACUGGUUCCAGAGCGAUGGCACACAGCAGGACAUCGCUGAAGUAUGACCCACUGCACGGACUGGACUCCCGCUGGAGCUGGAUUAUGGCUGGCUUCUGCAGCUGGGUAAUGUUCACUGGAACCUUAAGUAACCGAGUAUCUGGCGUAAUAUACUACGGCAUCAUUGAAACCUUCCAAGUAUCCAGAGAAGAAGCUUCGUGGCCCGUCACUCUUAGCACCUGUUGCUUCAGCCUCGCUGGUCCUGCCAUGGGGUACCUGUGCCGAAGGUUCUCCUGCCGCGUUGUGGUUAUGACCUGUGCCCUGGUGACGGGUAUAGGUGUCAUGGUGUGCUACUUCGCGCCUAAUCUCUUGUUUAUCAACAUUUUCUUCGGUGUUGUGCAUGCCCCAGGUGAGGAAUCUCGCAAAUCCUCCGCUGCCUUAAGAGACAUCGGAGAAGUCCCAGGCGGAGGGGACCAGCUUGCAAACUACCCCGUGGGAUACCAGGGGAUUGCGUCAAGCACACCAUUGGAAAUCAGAUAUUGCUGCAGUAGAGCCAGUAAAGACAUAGAAGAUGUCCAUGGCUUGCAGUGCGGCUCCAACGUGGUGGUGGCUCAGCACUUCCAAAAGAAACAGACUACCGCGUGCACCGUCGUCUUCACCGCAUGCGGUCUCAACACAUUAUUCAUCCCACGACUAGCAGAGUUCUUCCGCUCACACUAUGGUGUAAGGGGGACCUUUCUUCUCCUUGGAGCCCUCAUUGCCAACACAUUCCCAGCAGCCAUCGCUAUCCGAAGCCCUCCGUGGGCAUUGCCAAAGAAGUCUACACCGAACAGUGUCCAAAAGGCAAGAGGUAAAGGGCCGGCGCUGAAGUCGCACGCACAGACCAAGAAGAUUGCCGACGAGCCUGACGCCACGCAUCUCCUGAACCUACCCAAUGGCGCCACAGGGAAUAGCAUCCACCGGCAAAUACCUCCCGCUGUCAAUUGGACAGGAAGCAUGGAGUCGUUCAGCAUCCCUCUCCCAGACAAUCGUGAAACAACACCAGAUCCACCGAGCCUACAGGAAACGCUAAGAAAUUUUACGAAAAUGCCUUUCUUCGUGGAUGCCUUCUCAUUUGCCAUACUUAUCUUCGCCCUGACGACAUUCAUCCUACUGUCGGUAGACUUGGCGAAGGACCGCGGCAUUGCGCCUUCCGAAGCAGUCUACCUGUUGUACACGUUCUGCGCUGGCGACAUCAUCUUCAGAGGCGUGAGCGGCUAUGUCAUUGACUCUGGCCUCUUGUCCCUGGAGGCUGUGAUGUGCUUUGGAUAUCUUUUGCAAGCAGCGGUCUACGAAGCGUUAGUGUGGUGCGGUUCGCUGCCAACUCUGUUGCUGUGUUCAGUGUUUCUGGGCGUGAGCAACGGCUGCAGGAUUGGUCUGCAAGCGCCCACCCUAGUAAAUGACUUCGGAGUGGAAGUGCUCCCCAUCAUGAUGGGAGGAAUGACGUUUGUGAUUGGGGUGGUGUCAUUGAUAAGGCCUAGGUUAAUAGGUUACUACAGGGAUUUGCACGGGAAGUACGACGGACUCCUUCACAUCGUGGCGUGUGCAAACGUUCUCUUCACGUUCGUAUGGUCACUCAAAUUAAUAUUACGAAGGCGAAGCCAAAGGACAGCAAAGCACGUGAACACUGUGACAGAAGAGAACCCUUCCCAGCGUUUCAUAGCAAACGCAUCGUCGCGAGCCAAAACACCUCGCGACAAACCAAAUGUCUUCAAUGAAGAGAUGUGUGACUCGCACGUAUUCCAAGGGGGAAGUUUGGAGCUGGAGUGCAGAACAGCUUGUAGCAGUGUUGCAAAAUUUGUGCGGGAUGGCCGCCGCAUCCACGCUGCUGUUGGACAGUUCAGCAUCAUAAACCUUGUUCGCAUCAUAAACCCCCCUUCCAUUACGCUGUGGAGCGACUCCGUACUCUGUUACCGGGAAGCACACAGCGCUGACAUGGAGCAGCCCGGCAAGAUGGUACCGGCUGAAGGAACGGAACACGAGCCGGCUAGUCAAAAUGAAACGGGGAAAAACGGACGGAAAAGAAGGACCAUCGCCCCGGACUGCGCCUGGAGCUGGGUGGUGGCGGUGUCUUGCGCCAUGAUGAACUUCUUCAGCGUGGUCAUGAUUCGAUCAGCUGGUGUCGUCUACGUCCAGAUAGUCGACUAUUUUGGAGUCACCAGGGAGCAAGCAGCAUGGCCCGUGUCCAUCGUUCCUGGAGUAGCUAACCUCAUAGGACCCGUUGUUGCCCUAUUGAUCCGCAAGGUGGGCAUCCGCCCAGUGACCAUCACUGGAACAUUCCUGAGCGGAACGUCCGUCAUUUUGUCGUACUUCGCCCCGGAUGUCCUCACUCUUUCCAUUAUUCUUGGGGUAUUCCACGGUGUGGGACUUGGCAUGACUUUCACUCCAAACGCAGUGUGCCUCAACGAGUGGUUCGACAAGAAGAAAGUAAGAGCAGCAGGCAUCAUUUACACGGGCGCCACCUUGGGCUCGUUCGCCUUUCCCGUGCUCAUCAAGGCCUGCAACGAAGCCUUCGGAUUCAGAGGCUGCUUUCUCGUCAUUGGGGCACUGAUGCUGCAUGGAACUGCUUUCGCCCUUCUCCUCCGGUCCCCACCUUGGAUGGCGAAGCGAAGGCAAGCAAAACGCAAGUCCAAGGAACAGAAACUAUUCAGUCCCGCUUCCGGUCCACAGGAAAACAAAGGGUUUGAUAACGACCACGAAACUGAAGAGCAAGACAAGACAAACGUGCAGAUCUAUUCGCUCAAUCAUCCUUGUAUUCGAAAGGAUAAUUGCACAACCACGAAAGAACAAGUGAAGAGCAUUCUUCCUGUACGCACUUUUACACACUCAAGUGUAAAGCGGAAGCAAGAACGCUGUGGUCGAAGCCAACAGAUAAGCUCCGAUAGUUCGACAACCGAUCGCCCUUCGUACAUCCGCAGUGUCAGCGACGAAGUUCCCGACAUGCCCGACAUGCCCGACAUUAUCGAAAGUUCCAGACGGGAACGAUCUGUCAGCGAGACGUCUCACGCGUCAAAUGAACCUCAACCCAAGCGUCGGGUGCACCGCGUUAGCGAGAGUUCAACGGACGAAGCGGCGCACAGGGAAGGACAUAGAAAGAGGUCCUCGUCGGUCAGUUCUUCCUUGUCGAAUCUCUACUGCAUAUACGAGCCGGCCGCUCACACAAAUACAGUUAACGUGAUUCCAGAAAGUGAAGAAAGCAGUCAAUCGUCUCGAGAGAGCUUUUCUGGCGACCAAGAGAAACGUCCGUCGAACAAAAAGAAGCUGCUGAGUCCAGUGUACGUCUUGGUGUGCCUGACCUACAUCUUCGUGACCAACAGUAACAUGGCAUUCAUGACCGUCAUCAUGGACUUUGCGCACGAUAGGGGAAUUCCCCUGAAGAAGGCCGUUUAUUUGCUGUCGGCGUACGCCCUCUGUGACGUCACGGGGAGACUUAGCAUCGGUUGGGUCACAGACAAGGGGCUCCUGGGGAGAAGGACCACGAUGGCCAUGUCGUGCGUAACGCUUGGGAUCUCCUUUCAGGCUCUGCCAUUUUUCAACACAUUUGAAGGGCUCCUAGCGAUGUGCCUCAUCCUUGGCUAUUCUGUCGGCAAUACUGUCGUACUCUUCACAGUCAUCCUCGCAGACGCCGUCGGCCUCGAAAAGCUUCCCAUGGCAAUGGGCAUCAUGACGUUCUUUGCGGGAAUGAGUGGCUUCACGAGACCCACGCUAAUUGGUUUUUUUAGGGAUGAAAUCGGCAGCUACGACAACAUGCUUCGUUCAUUGGGGGCUGUCAUCAUCUGCCUCGGUAUGAGUUGGACUGUGUUGAGGCUUCUCGAAAACUCUCGCACCAAGCAGUUUGACGUGAAAAACGAAGAGAAGACAUCAGAGCAGCCGCAAGAAAUCUACAUCAUCCGCUAACACAAAGAAUAGGGAGACGAUAGUGCUCCAACGGCGAUGCUGCAUCGAUGUCAGCAAGUUCCCUCGAGGCGGCGAGUGACCAGCCACGCGUGUUGCAGACAUUGUGGACAAUUCGCAGUUGCGCCGGCGCAUCACCUGGUACAUACGAUGUCUCUCUCAGUCCAUGGAGUGAGUCAAGCAGGCGAGGAACGUGACGGGAAGUCAAGAGAACAAUUAGCACCAGAGAGAGGAGCAGUGUCGUUUUUAGUUUUCUCCCCCGUUCUACGGUUGUACAUUAGUGGACACGCAUUUUAACAAGUAACAGGUGUGCUGCAUCUCCACUAAAUGCAGGAAAAAAAAAGACAUAGCUAACUUGCUGAACUAACUCCAUAGGGUGCGAAAUGCCACCAAGGGAAAUAAACAGGCUCGUGUGCAACGAAGGA